CAUUGAAAUCUUUGCAGUAUUGGGCCUAUUUGCCGAACCAUCCAGGAUUCCCAGAGUUUACACCGCGUAGUGCAGUGCAUUGUUUACUGAACUCUCUCGUCUUCGAAAAACCACCACCAGCGUAGGAAGAACAGAGAAUCAGAGGAAGACAGACACAAUGAAUGUUCUUAGUUUUCACAGAAGCAGGUGGAAGAAGAAGACCUCAAACAGACCUUUGUUUUUUUCCAUUUCUCUCAUGAUCAUUUUCUUCAUCCUCCUCCUCAUCUCUUACACUGAGGUACCCAAAUCUUUCCUCUUCAAUUCACGGAAAGCCCUUAAUGCCGGAUUCACUCCAUGCAGCGGAAGAAACACGGGUGAACGAUUUCUAUGGUUCGCUCCCCAUAGUGGUUUCAGCAAUCAACUUUCAGAGCUCAAGAAUGCCAUCUUAAUGGCUGCCAUUCUCAAUCGAACCCUGAUCGUCCCGCCUGUUUUGGAUCACCACUCUGUAGUUCUGGGUAGCUGCCCCAAAUUUAGGGUUUCGAGUCCAAAUGAUCUCCGAAUGUCCGUCUGGAAUCACGUAAUUGAUCUCCUUCAGAGUCACAGGUAUAUCUCCAUGGCCGACAUUGUCGAUCUUUCCUCUUUGGUGUCUUCUUCCAUGGUUAAAACCAUCGAUUUUAGGGUCUUUCUUUCGUUAUGGUGUGGUGUAGACAGAGACCUAAGUUGUUUUGAUGUGUUGGAGAUGGGAUCUUUGUUCGAGAGAUUAAAGCAGUGCGGAUCUGUGCUCUCUGGGCUGAAUGGUAACAUCAAUAGCUGUUUGUAUGCUUUAGAUGAAGAUUGCAGGACUACUGUAUGGACUUACCUGCAAAGGGAUGAUGAUGGAAUCUUGGAUUCAUUCCAAGCAGACGAACAACUCCGGAAAAGGAAGAAAAUUUCCUAUAUUAGGAAGCGAAGAGAUGUAUAUAAGGCGCUUGGUCCUGGUUCUAAAGCUGAAACAGCCACUGUACUAGCUUUUGGUAGCCUUUUUACUGCACCUUAUAAAGGUUCAGAGCUUUAUAUUGACAUUCAUGAAGCUCCAAAGGAUCAUAGGAUACAUUCAUUGCUUCAGAGAAUUGAAUUCCUUCCCUUUGUCUCUGAAAUUCUAACUGCAGGAAAGGAAUUUUCGGUUCAGAAGAUAAAGGUCCCUUUCCUCUGUGCACAGCUUAGAAUGUUAGAUGGACAGUUCAAAAAUCACUGGAAGGCUACUUUUUUAGGAUUGAAAGAAAAAAUAGUCUCUCUCCAGAAGAAGGGUCCUCUCCCUAUUCACAUUUUCGUGAUGACUGAUCUUCCUGAAUCUAAUUGGACCGGAACUUAUUUGGGGGAAUUAGCAAAGGAUUCAGCUUUUUACAAGUUAUAUAAUUUAGGAGAGGAUGAUGAGUUGGUGGUAAGGACCACAGAGAAGCUUGUGGUAAAGACACAUAAGCAUUGCCAUCAUAGGAUUUUACCUGAUAUACUUUUGUACGUAGAGGAAACUAUAUGCAGCUGCGCUUCACUAGGCUUUGUGGGGACUGCUGGUUCAACAAUUGCAGAAAGUAUACAGAUAAUGAGAAAAAAUGGCAUUUGCUUCAAUCUGGAUGAACCUGAAGUGUGAAAAACUAGCUUUAGAUCUCAUUCACCAUAAGUUACAAAUUUUGUCACACUGCACAUGGCUGCAGACUGUGAAUUGUUGCUGAGUUUCAGAUAACAAGUAAUUAUUUUUAGAGGCAUGUCCUGCAUUAUAAUCUUCACCAAGCUGGACCUCCCCUUGCUUGGAAAAUGACUGGCUUAUCAUGCCUCUACUGAAUCCAUUUCUGCAAGAAUUAUUAACAAAUUUCCCUGCAUACAACAAUUUGCAAGACAAUAGAAUCUUCAAGCUUGUUGAAUGUGAUUAUUAUGUUCUACCAGUCACCAUAUCACUGUCAACAGCUUCACAUUUUUGAGGUAACCCUGCAAAGUCAAUUGUCUUUUUAGAUGAUGUUUCACCUAGUGUAAGUUAAUUCAUUGUUGCCAAGUUAUACUAAUAUUGGGUUGUUGCAUGAGUUUUUGAGAUGGAAAAUACUGUUGUUUUCGUGAUUUCAUCUUUAAUUCUUCAAUGUAUAAUAUAUAUUUUUUUAAUUGACCAGUGUGGAAUAGCUGGCAAUAGGAUUUCUAGCUAAGUAAAAUUUUAGUUCAGAACA